AUGGGUUAUACCGAACUAGACCAGAAGGCGAUCAACACCAUCCGCCUGCUCGCGGUGGAUGCCACCUCCAAGGCCAACUCCGGUCAUCCCGGUGCCCCCAUGGGCAUGGCCCCUGUAGCCCACGUCCUGUUCAACAAGUUCAUGAGCUUCAACCCCAAGAACCCCGACUGGGCCAACCGUGAUCGUUUCGUUCUCUCCAACGGUCACGGCUGCAUGCUUCAGUAUGCUCUCCUCCACCUCUUCGGUUAUGACCUGAGCAUGGAUGACCUGAAGAGCUUCCGUCAACUUGACUCCAAGACCCCCGGUCACCCCGAGGCUCACGACACCCCCGGUGUUGAGGUUACCACUGGUCCCCUUGGCCAGGGUUUCGCCAACGCCGUCGGUCUGGCCAUCGCUCAGGCCCACUCCGGUGGUGUCUUCAACAAGCCCGGCUACGACCUCUUCAACAACUACACCUACGCCUUCUUCGGUGAUGGCUGCGCUAUGGAGGGUAUCGCCUCCGAGGCCGCCUCCAUGGCUGGUCACCUGAAGCUCGGUAACCUGAUCAUGGUUUACGACGACAACCACAUCUCCAUCGACGGUGACACCAAGUGCGCUUUCACCGAGGAUGUCAUGAAGCGAUUCGAGGCCUAUGGCUGGCACACCGAGUGGGUCAAGGACGGUGACAAUGACCUCGAGGGUAUCGAGGAGGCCAUCCGUCGUUGCCAGCAGGUCAAGGACAAGCCCUCCGUCAUCAAGUUGACCACCACCAUCGGUUUCGGCUCUAAGCUCGCCGGUACUCACGGUGUGCACGGCAACCCCCUCAAAGCCGACGACACCCAGCACGUCAAGGAGCUUUUCGGCUUCAAGCCCGAUGAGACCUUCGUCGUCCCCCAGGCUGUCUAUGACAUGUACCACCAGCACGCCGCUGAGGGUGCCGCCAAGGAGCAGGAGUGGAACGCUCUCUUCCAGAAGUACCAGAAGGAGUACCCCACCGAGGGUGCCGACCUGGCCCGCCGUCUCGCUGGCAAGCUGCCCGAGGGCUGGGAGAAGAGCCUCCCCACCUACACCUCCUCCGACCCCGCCAUUGCUUCCCGCAAGCUGUCCGAGGCUGUUCUGGAGAAGAUUCACAGCGUUGUUCCCGAGCUGCUGUCCGGAUCUGCCGAUCUGACUGGCUCCAACAACACCCGCUGGAAGAACGCCGUUGACUUCCAGCCCCCGACCUGGGCAUUGCACGCCAUGGCUGCCGUCAUGAACGGUCUCGCCGCCUACGGCACCGUUAUCCCCGCUGGCGGUACUUUCCUCAACUUCGUCUCCUACGCUGCCGGUGCCGUCCGUCUGUCGGCUCUGUCUCGCGUUCGCGUCAUCCACGUCGCCACCCACGACUCCAUCGGUCUGGGUGAGGACGGUCCCACUCACCAGCCUAUUGAGACUCUGGCUCACUUCCGCGCUCUGCCCAACUGCAUGGUCUGGCGCCCUGCUGACGGUAACGAGACCAGCGCCGCCUACUACAUGGCCCUGACCUCCAAGCACACCCCCAGCAUCCUGGCUCUGACCCGCCAGAACCUGCCUCAGUUGGAGAACUCCUCCAUUGAGAAGGCCAUCAAGGGUGGUUACGUCGCGAUCGAGAACACCGAGGCUGACGUGACCCUGAUCUCCACUGGUUCCGAGGUCGGUAUCUGUGUGGACGCUGUCAAGACUCUGGCCGAGCAAGGUGUCAAGGCUCGUGUUGUGUCAGUGCCUUGCUUCGAGGUCUUUGAUGCUCAGUCCAAGGAGUACCGUCUGCAGGUCCUGCCCGACGGUAUUCCCGUCCUGUCCGUCGAGGUCUGCUCCACCAUGGGCUGGGACCGCUACUCUCACGAGCAGUUCGGUCUCAACCGCUUCGGUGCCUCUGGUCCUUACAAGGAGGUCUAUGCCAAGUUCGAGUUCACUCCCGAGGGCAUUGCCAAGCGCGCCGUUGCCACCAUUGACUUCUACAAGGGUCAGCCCGUCCGCUCUCCCAUCAACCGCGCUUUCCAGCAGAUCAUCUAA